UUACAACGACGCGCGCCAGUCGCCGACCCGCCAUCACGCCGCGCGCAUGCGCGUCCCCUGUCAAAAACAAAACCGGUUCCGUAUUAUUAACAACAUAGAGUAAAAUUCUUUUGAAGAAAGUCUGUGUUUAGUGAUUCAUUUUUGAUGUUUAUUUGAGGAAUAUUGGAGUUUUUCAAAAUGAAUAUUAUCUGGUGUUUCGCGGUAAUGGCCGUGGCAUGGCGGACUGCCAGCGGUCACGGCAGACUCAUCGAGCCUCCAUCCCGCGCCUCCGCCUGGCGCUUCGGCUUCGACACCCCUCACAACUACAACGACCACGAGCUGUACUGCGGCGGCUUCUCCAGGCAGUGGAACAAGAACGACGGCAAGUGUGGCGUCUGCGGCGACGCCUGGGACGCCCCAGUCCCCAGGGCACACGAACUCGGAGGCCGUUUCGGCAAAGGUGUCAUCGUCCGCAAAUACGCCCCACAAGACUCCAUAGUCAUCAAGGUUGAACUAACCGCCAACCACAACGGCUUCUUCGAGUUCAGAGUCUGCGAAGAACCAAAGGCAACAACCCAAGACUGCUUAGACAAAUACGUACUAAAACUCGACGGGAAAGAUGGAACCAAAUUCUAUCCUAAAGAUGGAAAUAAAGUGUACGAGAUGAAAUAUAAACUGCCCGAAGGACUAGAAUGUUCCCAUUGCGUGAUGCAAUGGAGAUAUAUCGCUGGCAACAAUUGGGGUUCCUGUGGGAACGGGACCGAGGCAGUCGGAUGUGGGCCACAAGAGGAAUUUAGAGCGUGUGCAGACAUAGCUAUAGGAGAACGCUUUGCUACUACAACCAGACGUCCCAGACCUACAUACGUGCCUCCAGGCAGGAGACCAACUGUGCCGACUCCAGAGGAAUCAUCUGGAAGCUCAUGGUACGGCUUCGUGGUCGCUAUCGUCACGUUGCUCGUUGCUAUCGGCGUUCUAGCAGGCAUUUACCUGUACUACUACAGAGGUGGCAUGAGGAUUAAGAACCUUCUGAAGUCAAAAGUGCCGCCGCCUGCACCCGUUCCUCCUCCAAGACAUAAGAGGGCAUCUCUAUCGAGAGAACAACCACCAGAAUUAACACCACAGAAAGUAGGGAUGUUCCCUGAGUCAGGAUUUGAAACUGUGGACUUAAGAGCUAAGUGAUAGAAGAUCAGAGGCUAUAGAUUAAGCUGAACUACCUAAGCUGCCUUUACCUAGUGAUAUUAAGUCGUGUGACUGAAUUGCGUAGAGAUUCAACUGUAAGUCAGUUGUUAGGUCAUUAAAUUAAUUUUAAUUUAGGCUAAUUUUACUUUUGUAAAUUAUAGUUAUUUAUGUUAAAUUAAAUGUUAUGAUUGAA